GCUGUGAUGGACUGCACAAAUGAAUAAUCAAACUUUUUUUUUCUUAAAUAUUGAGUGUGAUGGGUGAGUUUAGAGAGAGGACUCUGAAAGGGUGGAGACAUAUGCAUCUCUUCAAACAGCCGUGCUGAAGGAGACAGACGCGCACAAUACGCACACAAGCUCCAGCCUUUGGGCAUUUAUAUGUAACAGUAUCUCAAGAGACCGAGGAAGCAUCGGCAAACUGAAUGAAAAGCAAAGCAGAUGACAACCGGGCGAUAACUGACACCCAAGGGACGCUUUUAAAACUUGAAACGGGUUGGAUAUGAAGUAGAGCGCUGCGUAAAAGCUUGCGGAAGCGUGCGAAGACCAGACUAAGACGAGAGCAUUUCAUAUUUAUUUAUUUAUUUAUUAAGAUGAACACCUCAGAUAUUCUUUGCGCUUCCGAAUUUGCAAAUUCCUCCAACUUUUCGUGUGUGAACCGAACCACCCCGUCGUACAGCAUCAUUGACAUCGCGUCUUUCAUGCACAUCUUCCCCACUAUCUACGGCAUUCUGUGUUCAGUUGGAGUCCUGGCCAACGGUUUGGUGAUCUAUGCUGUGGCAUCAUGCAAGAAGAAGAUGGUCUCUGAUAUUUACGUGCUGAAUCUGGCCAUCGCAGACCUGCUUUUCCUGUUGGUGAUGCCGUUCAACAUCCAUCAGCUGGUCCGGGACAGACAGUGGGUCUUUGGCCACUUCAUGUGUAAAGCUGUGGUGGUGGUCGACGUCAGCAACCAGUUUACUACAGUGGGCAUAGUGACUGUACUCUGCAUUGACAGGUAUGUUGCAAUUGUACAUCCUACAUCGGAAAAGAGGACCAUUCAGUGGACCAUCAUCAUUAACAUUAUGGUGUGGGUGGGCAGCUUCCUUCUGAGCAUCCCAGUCAUGAUAUACACUAAAGUCAUCUCCAAAAAGGACAUGGACAUCUGUAUGAUUAACCUGGAUGGGCCUCAGGAUAUGUACUGGUACACGCUUUACCAGUCCACACUGGGUUUCAUCGUCCCCCUCAUUAUAAUAAUUACAUUUUACACUCUGACUCUAUACCACGUGUUCCGCUCCAUCCGGCGAGUCAAACGCAAGCAGUCAGUGUGGGCCAAAUGGGCCACCAAGACAGUUGUGAUGGUGAUCGCCCUGUUCCUGGUCUGCUGGUCCCCCUAUCAUGUUAUCCAGGUGAUCAACCUCAGCAUCCAGCAGCCGACCAGCGCCUUUGUGUACGCGUACAACAUCAGCAUCUGCCUAAGCUACUCUCACAGCUGCAUCAACCCCCUAAUGCUGCUGUUGUUCGCCCAAAACUACCGCGAUCGCCUCUGCCAUAACAAAGAGCUGCGCUCCCAGAUCAGCUCAUCCAAGACCACCGGAGGGUCUAGCGUCAGCCCGGACACCAGCCACCGCUGUACUGUCAUCUAACACCUGGCGAGCCCUGCUAGACGUGCUAACUGAGGAAAACAAAGAGAAAAGUGGAGGCCUGUACUGCAACACGUGCUGCAUGAGUGUCAGUCGCAUGGUAGACUGUUUCUCAAAGGGGAAAACUGUGAAACGAAAUGCCACAGUAAACUUUCAGGAGGCAUGAAGGAGUGAAUCAGCACUCGACUGUGUUUGUGGUUUGUGUCAGACUCUGGAAAAGUGAUUAUGGUGUGAUUAUGAUGAAAAGUGAUUAUGAUGUUCUUUUACUCAGUGUUUACUGUUAAUUUAUCUGUUGUUCAUUGUAUACUGUUAAUGUAUCAGUUUUUUAAAUGGUUCACCAAAAAAAAACAAAGUUCGGUCAUCGUUUAUUAGCUGGCAUGCUGUGCUGUGUGAUUUUUGGCCAUAAAACACAGUUAGAAAUGUUUUUUUUUUUUCAAGCAACUAUAGUGAAAAUAGACUGAGGGAUUCAAGCUUCAAACAGACAAACAAAAACAUAUAAACAUAUUAUUAUAAGUAUAAUAAAAGUGUUGUGUUGUUGUGUAUUCCAAUUUUUGAAGUCAUGCAAUAUUCUUUGUGUGAGGGACAAACUUUUAAUGAGUGAAAUUUUGAUUAUCUUUCCUUUCAAUGAGCUGUUUUACAAGCAGAUCAUUUAAUCAGUGACCUGGAUUAGUUCAGUUUGUAAAUGAAUUAUUCAGUUCGGUUUAGUGAAUGAAGAUUUAUUUUGCUAUAGUAUGGCUUCAUAAGUUUGGAAUAUAGUGCAUGAGUCAUAUAGACUAUUUCAUGAUAAUAUUAUGAUGCUUUAUGCUCUUUUUGAAGCUUAAAAGCUUUGUUACUUGCCUUGUUCAUUGAAAAUGCAUGGCAGAGAAAUCAGUACAAUUCUGAAAAAAAGUGCCUUUUGUGUGUCAGAUAUGAAAGAAUUUCAAACAGGGAGCAUAAUUUACUCACAUGAGUGAAUAAAUGAUGACAGCAUUUACAUUGCUUAUUAUCUUUAAAGACAAUUAAAUGGUCAGGAUUUUUGAAAUACGGUAUUUGGCUUUUGUUUGCAUUGCUAGGGAUUGAUGUCAGAAUGAGUCAGAACCAGAAUUGUUUUGCAGUUGUCAAAUAAAAUGUCUACAGUAUAUGUA